AUGCUGGAGAAAGCGUGGGUUAAUUUGUCCAGACUUGAUCCUGCUUAUGAAAAGGGUGCAUGGGACUUUGUCAGAGCUGUUUCUGCCGUUAGAGGAGAUAGUCAGUUGAUCAUUUGCCCUUGUAAAGACUGUCGCAACGUUGAUCGUCAUUCAGGCAUUGAUGUAGUUGAUCAUCUUGUGAGGCGUGGAAUGGAUGAGGAUUACAAGCGGCGUAAGGACUGGUAUCAUCACGGAGAGUUGAGCUCAGUGGAGGCUGAAGUAGGGAUGAAAGGAAAUCAGUUAAACGAAGAGAUUGUUGGGUUAUACAGAGCUGCUGAGACUAAGUAUGGUUGUUCUGAUUUCUGCGAGAUGGAAGAGGUAGAAGACAGGAAAGAAGAUGAGUUCUUGGCAAAGAUAGUAGACGCCGAAACACCAUUAUAUCCAAACUAUGCAAACCAUAGCAAGCUCUCUGCCAUCGUGUCAUUGUUUAGAUUGAAGACUCAGAAUGGCUGGUCUGAUAAGAGCUUCAAUGAUCUACUUGAGACAUUGCCGAAGAUGUUACCUGAGGAGAACGUGCUUCAUUCAUCAAUGUACGAUGUGAAGAAAUUCUUGAAGACGUUCGGUAUUGGUUAUGAAAAAAUUCAUGCCUGUGGCAACGAUUGCUGUCUCUUCAGAAGAAAGUUGAAGAAGCUUGAUAAUUGUCCCAAAUGCAAGGCUUCAAGGUGGAAGAUAAACAAGAAGACUGGUGAGGUGAAGAAAGGGGUCGCGCAGAAAGUAUUAAGGUACUUUCCAAUCAUUCCGAGGCUGCAGAGGAUGUUUAGGUCUGAGGAAAUGGCGAAAAACUUAAGGUGGCAUGCUAGUAACCGUAGCACCGAUGGGAAACUCAGACACCCUGUAGAUUCAGUGACAUGGAAACAAAUGGAUGACAAAUAUCCUUUAUUUGCUGCUGAGGAGAGGAAUAUUCGACUGGGAUUAUCUACUGAUGGAUUUAAUCCUUUCAGCAUGCAGAACAGUAAGUACAGUUGUUGGCCUGUGUUGUUACCUGGUAACAUCAUUGAUGUCUACUUAGAGCCUCUAAUAGAGGAUCUAAACAAGUUGUGGAGCUUAGGAGAGUCGACAUAUGAUGUGGUGAGUAAAUCUGUUUUUACUCUCAAGGCAAUGCUUAUGUGGACGAUUAAUGAUUUCCCAGCCUAUGGAAAUCUAGCUGGUUGCAAAGUGAAGGGGAAAAUGGGCUGCCCUGUAUGCGGGAAGGACACAGAUAGUAUGUGGAUGAAGUUCUGUAGGAAACAUGUUUACAUGUCCCAUAGAAAAGGUCUUCCACCAACGCAUAGGUAUCGGAUAAAGAAGACUUGGUUUGAUGGAAAAGCUGAACAUGGAAGAAAGUCUAGGAUACUGUCGGGUCAUGACAUAUCCAAUAAUCUGAAAAACUAUGUCAACAAUUUUGGGAAUGGAAAAGAAUAUGGGAUGAAGAGGAAAAGGACCGCCAUUGUUGAUGAAGAAAAAACUGUGGAAGACGUUUCCAGUGAAUCAGAGGCAGAUGAAGAAGAUAAAGUUGAUGUUGAGGAGUUAUCUAGAUGGAAGAAAAGAUCAAUAUUUUUUGAACUGCCAUAUUGGGAGGACCUGCCCGUAAGGCAUAACUUGGACGUUAUGCAUAUAGAGCGAAAUGUUGGAAAUAGCAUUGUCUCCACAUUACUGCACUGCGGGAAAUCAAAAGAUGGACUCAAUACUCGUAAAGAUCUGGAACAUCUUGGAAUUAGGAAGGAUCUUCACCCCAGCAUCAAAGGAAAAAGAACGUACCUGCCAGCAGCACCUUGGUCGUUGUCAAAGUCUGAAAAGAAAGUCUUCUGUAAGCGUCUUUUUUAUUUCAAAGGACCUGAUGGAUAUUGCUCAAAUAUAUCAAGGGGCGUUUCAUUAGAAGAUUGCAAGGUAUCAAGACUCAAAUCACACGACUAUCAUGUUCUGAUGCAGCAAUUACUCCCGGUUGCCAUCAGAGGUUUAUUGCCAAAAGGCCCUAGAUUAGCAAUACUACGCAUGUGUGCAUUCUUCAACCGCUUAUGUCAGCGUGUAAUUGAUGUUGAGCAGAUUUCAGUAAUGGAAGCUGAAAUUGUAGAAACUCUCUGCAUGUUUGAGAGAUUCUUUCCUCCAAGUUUCUUUGACAUAAUGGUUCAUCUGACAGUUCAUCUAGGAAGGGAAGCAAGACUUUGUGGUCCAGUCCACUUCCGGUGGAUGUAUCCAUUCGAGAGGUACAUGAAAGUACUGAAAGAAUAUGUUAGAAAUACCGCGAGGCCAGAAGGAUGUAUUGCUGAGUCAUACCUAGCAGAAGAGUGCAUGCGGUUUUGUAGUGAGUUUCUUAAGAAGACAACAAGUGUAGAGGAAAAACUAGAUAGGAAUACUGAUUAUGAGAGCCAGUCAAUCCUAGAGGGACGACCAAUAUCGGCAGCCACUUCAGUUAAUCUGUCUGAAACAGAGAAGAGAAUUGCCCACCUCGCUGUCAUUCAGAAUACGUCUGUGGUUGACCCCUAUGUUGAGUAA